UCCAUGUUUUUUUUCCCGUUCCCUGUGUUUCAGCCACGGCUCUGAAGAUGAACAUGACGCUGCGGGAGCUUUACCUGGCCGACAACAAACUCAACGGGCUGCAGGACUCGGCCCAGCUCGGGAACCUCCUCAAGUUCAACUGCUCCAUCCACAUCCUCGACCUCCGGAACAACCACGUCCUCGACUCCGGCCUGGCCUACAUCUGCGAGGGGCUGAAGGAGCAGAGGAAGGGGCUGCUCACCCUGGUGCUCUGGAACAACCAACUCACCCACACCGGGAUGGCCUAUCUGGGAAUGACCCUGGGGCAAUCCUGGGAUUGA